GCAGGCUGGCCUGGGCUGCGGAAGGGGGUGUGCGCGGUUGUCGGCUCUCUAGGUGCGCCGGAGGCAUGGCGGUGGCGGGCGCUGUGAGGCUGCUGUGGCGGGAGAGGCUGAGCUACGGUCCGGCCGUCGCCCGGAGAACGGGACUGGGGCUCCCUCAGUUGUUGGGUUGCAGACAGAAAUCAUCGCACAGUUUUCUCAACCGUUCUGAUCUUCCAAAACUGGCUUAUCAUAAGCUGAAAGGCAAGAAUCCUGGAGUUGUCUUCCUCCCAGGUCUUUUUUCAAACAUGAAUGGUGACAAGGCACUUGCCCUAGAAGAGUACUGCAGAUCAGUUGGUCAUGCUUUUGUAAGGUUUGAUUACCGAGGCUGUGGAAGUUCAGAAGGCGAUUUUAAAGAAGUUACGUUGGGAAAGUGGCGGAAGGAUGUCCUUUCAAUAUUGGAUGAACUUACACAAGGACCACAGAUUUUAGUUGGUUCCAGUUUGGGUGGGUGGCUGAUGCUUCAUGCUGCUAUUGCCCGUCCAGAAAAGGUGGCUGCACUGGUUGGAAUAGCAGUAGCGGCAGACCACUUUGUAUCAACCUUUCAACAACUUCCUGUAGAGGUUAAGAAGGAAAUAGAAGAAAAAGGUGAAUGGAAACUGCCAACCAAAUACAAUGAAGAAGGGUUUUACACUGUGCCCUAUCAACUAAUCCAGGAAGCAGAAAAUCACUGUGUAUUGAGUAGUCCUCUCCCCAUAAAGUGUCCUGUGAGACUUAUCCAUGGCAUAAAGGAUGAAGAUGUCCCAUGGCAGAUUUCCAUGAAGGUUGCUGAGAAUGUUGUCAGCACAGAUGUGGAUGUUAUUCUCCGCAAAGGUGGUUUUCAUCGAAUGAAAGAGAAGGAUGAUAUCAGACUUAUCAUAUACACUGUGGAAGACUUGAUUGAGCACCUAGCAUGAAUUGUGUAGCAAUAGCAACAGAAGUUUACACUUGGCCUGGUUAGGAAAAAGUUAUUUCAAAAAUAGACUCAACUAGAAACAGCUGGAGAUUUACAGUUAUUUUCUUACCCCUUUUUUGUAAAUACAAUUAUCUUCUUAAUGCUGCCUUUGCACAGAGGAUAAAAUGUGAAGAAAAUGCUGCUGUUUCAACACCUUUUGCCCUAUACAAAUCACCACUGACCUUUAUGCAAUAUGUGUUUCUUGUAUUUUCAUACCCAGGUAUAUUUGUGCCAAUAAUUGCUGCCUUUUAUCUUGUACAGUAUGACUUUUUGCCCUUUUUUACAUCUUAAAUAAAUAUGCAUUAUAAUAUUCCA